GACAGCUAUUGUGGUUAUGGAUCUACAACGCCCCCAAUAUCAUAUGUGGGAGGUACUGAUGCACCUUUCGUGUUUGGCUUUCCAUAGUUUUCUACUAUGAGUAGGCGCAGCACUGGUACAAUCAGUUCAUCAUGGUUCUCUCUUGACGACGACUGUUCUUCCUUCACAAACUAGACAUCCCUUCGAACAAAGUCGUUGCACGCAUGAUGUCCCCAGCAAACCCCUCCUUGCUUCAGGAUCUACACAUACCUUGACCAUGAGCAAUUCAACCGCCCCCGUGGGCGUAGUCAUGCCGGUGAUAAUUUCCUCGAGAAGGUGGCUCCAGGCCUUCCAGCUCAUCCCGAUCCUCGCCCUGAAUACCAUGCUCCAGCCCGUUGGCCUUAUCCUCGGUAUCUCUGCAUACAAUGGAGUCUGGCUCCGAGCGUCACCCUUAAUGUGCGCUCUCGAUGUUUUGGCUCUCAUCUCUCGGCAGCUCACGCGGUACUUUCUCUUGGAGGCACCAAAAGUUGCUUUUGAGCUCCAGACAACUGUGUCCGCCGCUGAUUUCGAGUUGGAAGCGUCUGUUGGGGAAGAAGAUGACGACGAAGACGACCAAGCACCACUCGUCAAGAGAACCAAAGAUACGACGGAGGGAGCGAGCGAUGAUGCCAUGGAAUCAACAAGUACGAGGUAUGCCUUGAGCAAGACAGACUUUGGGGAAAAGGAGACAACAGGUGAUAGCGGCUCUACGGCCAUCCAAGGGCAGUCUCCCGGACCAUCAAGCAGAACUGGAGAAGGUGACAAUGACAGCUCCGCCCCCCUAAUCCAAGAGCAGUUCACAAACCCUGCGAUCAGAACUGCCGCUUCCGACCUAGAGGCUGCAAAUGACAGCCAAGACAACGACCCCCUCAUGUCAGCACGGUUCUUACGCUUCAAAGUCAUAUUCGAUUAUUUCGACACGGCCCUUCUGGGGAUAGGCUGUAUUCUCCAUGUACUGGGCCUUCCUCGACUUCAUCCACCCCUACCUGGGGAACAGCAUCUGCUCCACUGGCGCCUGGAGCUUUCCAAAUCACCUCGUUUCCAUGCCUUUGACGAUCGUCGUCUUGUUCACCAUAAUGGCUCUGAGCUUCUUCGUCAUGUUCCUGCUAUACCUCCUGGUCUUGGGCCUUGGAGCCGGUUUCUUGCCAUGGGAAAGCCCCUAUGGUUAUCCCCCCAAGCUUUCGUCCGAGGAUGGAUGGAUAGACAUCCUACCAUACAGAACAUCGUGGCUAUAGUUUCUACGACUGUCGACAGAUGGGCUCAGAAGGCUAUGGUGACACUGUUUUGGGCCCGUGUCUCCUCGCGCUCUUCUUGGUCUGGAGCACUAUAA